GACAGUAGAAGUGCGGAAUUCUGGUGAGUCUCAGAACUAUUCGCAUACGAUGAUGAUGAUGAAAUGUGAGGCCGCCGCCACGGCCUAUUUAUUCCGCUUUCUAUACAGCAUAACUUUGUGCAGCAAGGGGAUAAGUGGGCACCCGCACGUCAUCCCUCUUGUGUGGCGCUUCGGGGUCGGGCGGACGCCUUCCACGGAGCUUCAUCCGUCCCAUCUUGCUCUCAACGUCUUCGUCAGCUCUCCUGGUCUUCUCAAUCGGCGCUGGAAACCAGGGCGAAGUCUCGUAUCUGUUUGACUCACCGCCAUUUCUCUCUUCGUUCCGUACCGCCCUCAGGUUUCUUCUUCUUCGACAACGAGCUCGCUGCUUGGAUCGAUGUCAAUCAAUAUGCAAGCUCCUGCUGAGCACCAGUCGCACUUGGAAUACCGACAGACCCCGUCCUCUGGUUCUUCUCCCUCUCAGUCAGAUUCGAAACCUCAAAACGCACUGAAAUUCGACAAGCUUCCCCCUGAACUCCUCAUUCGGAUCACCCAAUGGCUCGAUGCUACGGAUCUUUUCUCCCUCGCGCUCACGAACAGACUUCUGUGCGCUAUCUCCGAACAAUGGCUCUACAGGAGCAUCUCGAUGAACGCUGGAGAGAGUUCGAAGGAGGACGCGAGGAGGUUGGCGAGGCUUUGUCAGACUUUGGGGAUGAAUAGGGGGAAGGCGGAGCUCGUGAGGGCAUUGGAGAUCAAGGACCUCAGUAAUCGUAUACUACUGGAGACGACCUAUUGCACUAUAACGCAUCAGGAAAUUCCGCUCCUAACGACCCUACACGCCCUAUUUUCCUCCCUCCCCAAUCUAAACGCCCUCCGUCUCUCGUACGCCGCCUCCUCCUCGAAGAUCCCCAUCCAUCCCGGCCCCGAAACUCCAUCAACCUCCACACCCACCCAGACCCACACCGCAGCGCCCAUCCCCGCCCAUUCCCUUCUCCAUCCACUACUGCACGCCGCCCCCAGUACUCAGACGCCCAUCAUCGAGGCAUUGCUCGAGCAGCCGGAGCUAACCCCACCCCUCCUGCUCUCCUUCUACGCGCCCUCGUUGCGCAUCUUCGCUCUCCACGCACGUCACCUCUCCCCGCUCGAUUUCUUCCGAUGUCUGGCGAGGCACAGGAAGACGCUGACGGACGUCGUGUUGAAUAUGACUUUUCCGCUGACGGCGAGGACGUUAGCGCUUGAGUCUUUAGGGGAGGCCUUUGGGCUUGAGAGACGAAUGAUGAGGACGGGACAUCCUAGGCCCUGGGAGUCUGAUUUCGACUCUGGUUCCGAUUCGGAUUCUGAAUCUGACUCGGGUCCCACAUUGGAUGUCAACGAAGACCAAGACCCGAUAAGGCCAUAUAUCAGCACCGGCCUCUCCCUCCCCUCUCUCACCCGUCUCGGCGUCCCAAGCUUCUGUUUCAGCCCGGGAUGGGUAGAUUCGCGCACGUUGGCGGCGUUGAAGGUGGUAAGUGUGGAUUGGUGGAACGGAGGGUUUGGGCAUUGGGGGGUAAAUGGGCUAGGGGCGAGACGAGGUGGGCCAGGGGCAGGGGCGGGGGCGGAGGGAGCUGGAGUAGGAAUAGGUGGUGGGGGUGGUGGGCCGGGGUCGGGAGCGGUGGGAAAGGCGAUGAGGUGGGGUGCGUUGGAGGAGAUCGAGAGUGUCGUGCGGGCGCUCAAGGGCUCAGGCUCGCAUGGUGAUGGGGAUGGCGUGCAUCCUGAGGUUGGCGAGGGAGCGUCGGUGAGGACGAUGGCGUGUCAUCGGGCGGGAUGGAAUAAUGAUUUGGUGGCAUAUCUGGCGGGCGAGAUGAAUGAGGGGAUGCAGGCGCUGGUCGUGUGGAAUUAUUUUGGUGCGAUUGUUGGGUCUAGGAAAGCGAGGUCGAAGGCAUCGAAGGACAUAACGAACUGCAUCACGAGCUCCCUCCGACACUAUCGCUCCCUUCGUCUAUUCGCAUACGGUAAUGCGGGCGCGCCGAGGACGGGGUUGCCGUUGGAUGUGAAGGAGGACGGGGAGGUGGUGAGGGGGUGGGGCGAGGCGUGCCCGAGUCUUUCGAGUUGUGUUUUGUACAACCACACCUGGAUACGCGUCGCCGGUCAAGAUUGGAGACCCGUCGUCCCCCUCAACGCUCCGAAUCCCCCACCUCAGAUUUCUAGUAAACAGCCGACUAUCCCCGGUUCCGGUUCUCGACCUGAGUCUUCUUCGUCACAAGUGCAAGUGCAGAUGCAACUUGAACCACUCAUUCAGCACCAACACCAACAUCAACAUCAACACCAGCAUCAGCCGCCACGAACAACACCUCAGCCGCAACAUCAGUAGCCCACUGUCCUAGUGUGCCCUGAUUCUGAUUGUUCCCAGCGCCAGCCUCGGUCCAUGCCGCCAUGCCGCCAUGCCGCCACGUCUUCUGGCUCCCUCUGUGUCAACAUUCCCCGCUGUCCAUUGCCCACUGUCCCCACUGUUCACUGCGUUCCUUGCUUGUUUUGCAUCGACGAUCCAAGAAUUUCGUCCAUCGAUCACGUCUCUGCGUCUCCUAUCGGCCUCUGUGCUCUGCUCUUCGUUGAUAUGAGUGCUUGAUGCGAGGAUCCUUUGUUUGUCCUUCUUCUCGCCCGGUGCUCGGUGCUCAGUGCCCAAUUUCUACUACUACUACUAUAACACUACCGCUAUUUUUCUCGUUGCUAUCACUCCUGCUACUCCUGCCUCAUACACACCUUACCUUACCUUACCUCUCAUCAUCGCUCAUCAUCGUUGGUUGGAACAUUUAAAAUCUGAAUGUCCACUUUACCUUUACUACUUACGGUCCCC